AUGGAUCCAAAGAAAACGAUAGUGGGGGGGGGGAGCAAAGGAAUGGUAGUAUCAGAAGAAAUCCUGCCAAGUCAGGUGUUCACCAGUCUUCCCGAUGCCAUGCAAGCAGCUGAACAAGGAAUUCCACCAAUCCUUGCCUCGAAAAAGAGAGAAGUCAAAGGGAGCUCAAUUUUAUGGGUUGGCAUGGAAGUAUCUGUAUCCAAGAGGGAUGCGACCGAAGUGUUUGGGAAUGCACGACAUGACAAGGGAUUUGUCAUUGACUUUGUGCGCGAUUCCAUUUUGUUCAUACGCCCAAGCUCGAGUCUGGUCGAGGAGGUGUGUCUUAAGGGUGAACAUGGCGUGGCAGUGGAAGAAGCUGGUAUCCUGAAGAAAUUGCCUCCAUCCAACAAUCUACUAGUAAGACGCGACGCAAAGGCGACCAAUGAGUUAAUUCGGAAAAAAAAUGAAGAACUACGGGCAAAGUCGGCUAACCUCACUACCACUGUGAUUGAUAAGAUUGACGUUAGCGGUUGGUGUUACCAGUACAGCUAUCGCCAAAUUGAAAAGACUAGCGAGUACGAAAAGGAUCCAUACUUUCGCUGGCUAGACGAGCUGCCACCAAAGCAAGGUAUCCCUUGGCUGGUGACAACCAGUGGCGGCAUGCGACACAAAUGGCAAGGCGAUGGUGUCGUCUGUCAAGGAAUGGCCCGUUGCAAUUUAUGCCUUCGUAGGUUUAAUAGCAAAUAUGGAUUUGGGUUGAUGGAUACGUACUCCGAGUACAGAUCCAGCUUCCGCAGCGAUAGGGAAUGGAAUGCGGAGCUCCAGGAACUCCAGGCACACACCGAAAAGCACACUGACAAAAUCGUCCACCAUUUCACGUUUCCCAACGUUUAG